AGGUUGGACAUUACAGUACGUGAAGAUGAAUUGUAGGUGUGUUGAGAAGGGAAGGAGGACCAGGCUAAGAAAAAAAAGCCUAAAAUGGCCGUGUUAAUGAGAGUGACAUGCAGCUAGUGUGAUGUGGUCAGGAAAGUUGAGGAGGAGGAGAGGAAGUCGCAGGAGGAGGAGGAUCCCAACUUUGACGUAUUUCUUCUUCCUGCCCUGUCUUUCAUUGUUACUGCUCCUUCUGCCCUCGCCAGGCUCAUGCGGGAACCCGGACGCGAAGCGGCUCUACGACGAUCUUUUAUCCAACUACAACAAACUCGUCCGCCCCGUUACCAACGUCUCUGACGCCCUUACAGUCCGAAUCAAGCUCAAACUCAGCCAACUCAUCGAUGUCAAUCUUAAGAACCAGAUCAUGACAACGAAUCUCUGGGUGGAACAGUACUGGUACGAUUACAAGUUGACGUGGAAUCCGGAGGAGUACGGAGGAGUGCAUAUGCUUCACGUCCCUUCUGACCACAUCUGGAGACCCGAUAUCGUCCUUUACAACAACGCGGAUGGGAACUUCGAGGUGACGUUAGCCACGAAGGCGACCCUUCAUAACGACGGCCUGGUAGAGUGGAAACCCCCGGCCAUUUACAAGUCCUCGUGCGAGAUCGACGUGGAAUACUUUCCCUUCGACGAGCAAACUUGUGUCAUGAAGUUCGGCUCUUGGACCUACGACGGAUUUCAGGUGGAUUUGCGUCACAUCGACGAGCAAGAGGGCUCAAACGUUGUGGAAAUCGGCGUAGACCUCUCCGAGUUUUACAUGUCAGUGGAAUGGGACAUCCUGGAGGUACCGGCCGUGAGGAACGAGAAGUUCUAUACGUGCUGUGACGAACCUUACUUGGACAUCACGUUCAACAUCACGAUGAGGAGGAAAACCCUGUUCUACACGGUGAACCUCAUAAUACCAUGCAUGGGCAUCUCCUUCCUCACCGUACUCGUAUUCUAUCUCCCGUCCGAUUCCGGAGAAAAGGUGAACCUGUCCAUUUCCAUCCUUGUGAGCUUGACAGUGUUUUUCCUCCUGGUGACGGAAAUCAUCCCUCCUACGAGUGUGAGUCUUCCCCUCUUGGGGAAGUACCUCAUUUUCGCCAUGGUGAGUUUGAGCAUCAGCAUCUUGCUGUCCCUCACCGUGUUUUUCCUCCUCUUAGCGGAAAUAAUCCCACCCACGUCCAAGGUCCUCCCUCUUCUUGGCAAAUUUGUCCUCUUCACCAUGGUUUUGGAUACCUUCAGGCAUGCAUGCAAAGGAAGGUUAGAGACAGACGAGGAAAUUCUGGUAUGCUGCAGCAUCUGCGUGACGGUGGUGGUACUGAACGUGCACUUCCGGUCGCCGCAGACCCACACCAUGGCACCUUGGGUCCGAAGAGUCUUCCUUCAGAUCCUCCCUCGCCUGCUUGUCAUGAAGAGACCCCAUUAUCACCUAGAUCGGCAUCGGGUGAUGGUGAGGACGUUCAACGGGCUGGAGAUGCGAGAUCCUCACUCGGCUUAUUAUUCCCGGGCGGAUUUCUCAUACUUUGAACCGCCCCCGUUUGACAUUCCAAGGCCUCCUCGUCCCCGAACCGACAUUCGAGGGAUGGAUCUGAAUGGCGGGUGUCGUCUCCACGGAAGUUUGAGACCACCCCCACCGCCUCCACCUGCUGGAGAGUUAUUCUCUGACUUCGAUCGGAACUCUCCUUGUCGGAGUCCGUCGCAUUACCACUAUUGCCCGGAAGUGGUCCGAGCAUUCGAAGGCGUCAAGUUCAUCGCCGAACACACAAGGAAGGAAGAAGAGUCCGUUAGGGUGAAGGAAGAUUGGAAGUUUGUAGCCAUGGUCCUGGACCGACUGUUCCUUUGGAUCUUCACGUUAGCCGUGCUUGUGGGCACGGCAGGGAUCAUCCUGCAGGCCCCGACUCUAUACGACGACAGGAAACCCAUCGACGUUAGACUAUCCGAGAUCUCCGCUGUCACCGCCAAACCUAGACUGGCCAUGGAACCCCCGGUUUGAUGUGCCGGUCGAUCGUUCACCUUCACUUCACUCUCGUUGUUAUCGCCCGUACGAGGCGGACCUCUCAUGAAGCUGACGUGGACCACUUUUCUCCUCGUGUCUUUCCCGUGAACUUUGUCGAAUCCGCCUUCAUAUUCCCAAAAGAGGAGUUUUUCAUGUCCCCCUCUGGAUCGGCUUAGGAGGAACUACUAUAAACCCCACGUCACGGAGUCACGUGGUGACUAGUGCAUGUCCUCUCCCUCAUCUUGACUUUCUUUGGCAUAUCCCAUGAGGGAUACAAUGGACUACGCAUGAGUUUUUAACAUAUAUAUAUAUAUAUAUAUAUAUAAGACUAAUGCUCAGAUGAUGAUCGCUAUAGACGUGGAAGAAGAGAAAAUCCCAGAAAAGCUUUCUGCGGAUGUUGGUUUCGGCGAGAAUCUCAGUGCUUGUCUGCUGCUCACCGCACUUGCUCCUGAGUGCUUUUGUUUCUUUCAAUAAAAUUCAACUCAC